UCCUUUUGCUUUUUUUUAGCUUUUUAGUGUUGUAAGUUGUACCCGAGCUUCUUUUUCUCUGGUUUGAAAUUCAAAAUUUGAAAGCUUCCAGUUUUUCCGACAUGACAAAAUAAUACCCAGAAACCCCCUUUGCAAUAAUACAACUCCAACAAUACCAUUUCCCCAUCUUGGGUUCUUCCUUUUGUUUUUGUUUCUUUCACUUGGAGCUUCCAUGGCAGAUUCAACUUGCCUCAUGCAGCACCCUUUCUCUUACACUUCCGGUUUUCCCAAUGAAUCCAUGGAGGGUAAUCUUCCAAUUCAUGCUCUUUCCCAGUCCGUCUCCUUCGGGAGAUUCACUUCGGAGUCUUUGGCUUGGGAGAAAUGGUCUACUUUUUCCCACAAUCGAUAUGUUGAAGAAGCUGAAAAGUUUUCUCGCCCUGGAUCUGUUGCUCAGAAGAAAGCUUUCUUUGAAGCCCAUUACAAGAAGGUUGCUGCUCAGCGAGCUGCGGCCUUGCUCGAGCAAGAAAAUGCUGCUUCUUCUUCGAAAUCUACCGAAGAAACUGAAACGAAACAGAAUGUUAGUGAUGUUGGUCGCUCUGCUUCUCUGCGGACUGCAAUGCCGACCUCUGAUGCCGUCCAGCAACAUGGGGUUGAGGUUGUAACUGGGCAAGAUUUUGUUGCUAUUGCCAGUGGCGAUGACAGUUGCAACGGUUCUGAUCUUAGGGAGGAGAGAGUUGGUAGCAGGGAGGUUGAAGGAGGUGAUUCAGGCGUUGCCCACCAAGUGAUCGAGGAAGUUCCCCAGAAGGUUGAGUUGAAAGUUAUGGUUGAUUUGAAUGAUGGGUUGACUGAAAAUGAGUUCAAUCGGACACCACAAAUGGAAAAAUCUCUUCCUAAGAGUUCCCGCCAGACUUGGGAGCAACCGAGCACCAUUAGCAAGAAGAAAGCAGCUACUUCGUCGUCAAAGGAUUCAAAGCUUUCAUUGUUUGACAGAUCAUCUAAGAUCCUCCCAUCUACACCUGCCAAACCAAUUGCUCCAGCUUCUUGUCUCAACAAUGCCACUCCAAAACAAGUUGCCAACAAAUAUGUAAUGGAGUCUGUAGAUAAAAGGAAAUCUAACAAUGCGACUCCAAAACAAGUUGCCAACAAAUAUGCAAUGGAGUCUGCAGAUAAAAGGAAAUCUGACAAUGCCACUCCAAAACAAGUUGCUAACAAACAUGUAAUGGAGUCUGCAGAUAAAAGGAAAUCUGACAAUGCCACUCCAAAACAAGUUGCUAACCAGUAUGUAAUGGAGUCUGCAGAUAAAAGGAAAUCUAACAAUGCCACUCCAAAACAAGUUGCUAACAAGUAUGUAAUGGAGUCGGCAGAUAAAAGGAAAUCUACUCCUAAAUCUCUUAGGAUGGCAGUUAACUUUACACCCAUUCGAGAACUCAACAAGUUAACUUCAACAGUCAUGAGAAAGAUUGAACGUUCAAGAGCUGGGUCCAGUACUUCAAAACCAGCUAAAGAUUGUCCAACUCCUCUUAGGACACCGAAUACGGCAAUGAAGAAUGAGUCUCAAAAGCAUCCUUCUGCUACACCCUGGUCAGAAAAGAAAAGAAACAAAUCGUACUCGCCAUUUUCAUUCACCCCUUUCAGCUUGAGAACCGAUGAAAGAGCAGCGAGAAGAAAGGAGAAACUUGAAGAGAAGUUCAACACAAAUGAGUCACAAAAAAAGGUGCAACUUCAAACUAAGCUAAAGGAGAAAGCCGAAACAGAAAUAACUAAACUGCGUCAAAGCUUCUGCUUCAAAGCCAGGCCGCUGCCAAACUUUUACAAGGAUCGAAAAGCACAGAAGAACAACGAGGAGGUUCCCAAGUGUCAUCCCCCAUCGCCAAAACUAGGAAGAAAGACCAGCCCCAAAACAGGAGAAGCUACAAUGGCCCAUUCUAGCCAUGUGCCUCCAGUUAAAAGCACCAGAAGCAUGAAUAAGAAUGUCCAGGGAAAGGCUCGUUCUCGGUCAUUACAAACUUUAAUGUCAGCUCAUGAGAACACAUCUCCUAACAUUCAGCAGUGAAGGUCAAGCAGAAUAUUCAUUCCUUCCCAAUACUUUCACUUCUGUUGAAGCCUUGAAGCCAUUUCCAUUUAUUCAUGAGGUAACCAGAUCUCGACAUCCUCUAAAUUACAGUGGAUCCAUUUUGUUCUACUGGUAAAUCUGUCAAUUUUUAUGUAACAAAGCCACGUUUGAUAUGAACUACUGUAUAAAAAUAUCAGUAUAUGUAGAGAACAUUGGUUUGAUGGCC